CCCGCCGGCGGUGGCGCUGGGGAGCGCCGUGUCCCGCGGGGCACGGGAGCACUUCCCGCGCCGUGCCGUGCUGUUCCGGGGCGGGGGAGAAGGCGGAAGCGGUGUGGGGCUGGUGCCGGUGCCGGCGGAGGGCCCUGGGCUGCUCCCUGAUGGUGUGUGGCGGCGGCGGCUGGCCCCAGGCGCGCUCGCUUCCAGCUCGGUAUGGCGACGGCGGCGGCGGGGGGAGCCGCCCAGGAGAAGCAGCUCGCUCCGACCUUGCUCAGUUUCUUCAUCUACAACCCCAAGCUGGGGCCCAAAGAGGGAGAGGAAGAAAAGAAGAUUCUCUUCUAUCACCCAAAUGAAGUAGAAAAGAAUGAAAAAAUUAGAAAUGUGGGACUGUGUGAAGCUAUAGUACAGUUCACAAGGACCUUUAGUCCAACAAAACCUGCAAAAUCCCUACAUACACAGAAGAAUAGACAAUUUUUCCAUGAACCUGAAGAGAAUUUCUGGAUGGUCAUGGUUGUACGAAACCCCAUAAUAGAAAAACAUAAAGAUGGAAAACCAGUCUAUGAAUAUCAGGAAGAAGAAUUACUGGAUAAGGUCUAUAGUUCGGUCCUGCAGCAGUGCUACAGCAUGUACAAGCUUUUCAAUGGCACAUUUGUGAAAGCCAUGGAAGAUGGAGGUGUAAAAGUUCUAAAGGAAAGACUAGAGAAGUUCUUCCAUCGGUACUUGCAGACACUGCACUUACAAUCUUGCGAUCUGCUGGACGUAUUUUGUGGAAUCAGCUUCUUUCCACUCGAUAAAAUGACUUACUUGAAAAUUCAGUCAUUUAUUAAUAGGAUGGAAGAAAGCUUGAACAUAGUCAAAUAUACUGCAUUUCUCUACAAUGAUCAGCUUAUCUGGAGUGGACUGGAACAAGAUGACAUGAGAAUUUUGUACAAAUAUCUCACAACAUCUCUGUUUCCAAGACACAUGGAGCCUGAGUUAGCAGGAAGAGAUUCUCCAAUACGUGCUGAAAUGCCAGGAAAUCUACAACAUUAUGGAAGGUUUCUCACUGGACCCUUAAAUCUUAAUGAUCCAGAAGCAAAAUGCCGAUUCCCCAAAAUAUUUGUUAACACUGAUGACACUUAUGAAGAGCUUCAUUUAAUUGUUUAUAAGGCCAUGAGUGCAGCUGUCUGCUUUAUGAUUGAUGCUUCAAUUCCGCCUACACUGGAGUUUUGCCGUAAACUGGACAGCAUUGUUGGGCCUCAACUUACUGUGUUAGCAUCAGACAUAUGUGAACAAUACAACAUCAACAAGAGAAUAUCAGGGGCUGAGAAGGAGCCACAGUUUAAGUUUAUCUAUUUCAAUCACAUGAACCUUGCAGAGAAGAGUACUAUUCACAUGAGGAAAACACCCAGUGUAUCACUUGCAUCUGUACAUCCUGACCUCAUGAAGAUUCUUGGUGACAUCAACAGUGACUUCUCUAGAGUUGACGAAGAUGAGGAAAUUAUUGUGAAGGCAAUGAGUGAUUACUGGGUAGUUGGGAAAAAGUCUGACCAGCGAGAACUGUAUGUUAUUUUGAAUCAAAAAAAUGCAAAUCUGAUUGAAGUUAAUGAAGAAGUGAAGAAACUUUGUGCAACACAAUUUAAUAAUAUUUUCUUCUUGGAUUGAUCUGUAAAGGGCUGAUUUAUUGAAGAUGUCAAUGUCAGACACUUGUUCAACAUGAGAAGUUAUUAGUCAUAUUAUUGACUGGAAUAAUGACAAUAGUAAAGCAAUACUUGCUUUGUAAGAAUCAAAAUUUCUACUAAAAUCUGUAAACUGAUCAUAAAAUUUUUAGAUUUUAAAAAUGUUUAUGUGCAAACUAAUUAAAAACCAGUCUGAAUUCAUCUGUACCAUUCCAUUCUGAUGUUAUGUGAAUAUUUUACUGGAAAAUAAAAUUAAUAAUUGUUACACUUUUAAGGGCA